GCGCGUGUUUACCUUGUGCUUUUUACGAAAGCGCACGCGAAAGGCAACUAAAAUGACGAGACGCGUACGUUCCCUCGUACCGUGCAUGUUCGGUCGAACUUGAGCCACCGAGGUCCAUGCAAGUGCUCGAAAAGAAAUACGUCUACGGAGGGAUCGCGUUUGACAUUGUCGAGAAACCGAACGUGCGCCUUUUGCGUCUUUUGCGCGUGUGACUUCCCGCGGAUUAGUUGGUUCGACGUUGAUCGACAGUGGACAAGUGAGUUCGACAGAAGUUUUGGGAAGAGUGACUUCGCUAGAUGACCGCUGUAUGACGUGAAGAUGACACUGACAUAGCUCGCCGAGGAUGACGUCCAUCAUGGGGUUACAGCAGCCAGCUGCAUCCCAGGAUACCGUGGAUUACAGUGGAUACCUGCAAUCGUCGCAGUGCCAUCAGAUACAUGGAAACCAGGCGAACGGUCAGGUCCACUCUGGGCAGAAAUCGUCGUCCAAUGACCAUAAUACAAGCUUUACCAGCACCAAGGGAUUGCUCAAUGGACCUGGUCAAAACAACUGUUUCCUCAACAGUGCCGUACAGGUGUUAUGGCACCUGGAUAUCUUCCGGCGAAGCUUCAGGGAGCUUUCAGGGCAUGCCUGCAUGCGGGAAUCCUGCAUCUUCUGCGCCCUCAAGGACCUGUUUUCUCAGCUCCAGUUUUCGCAAGAGAGCGCCUUGCCGCCCGACACGCUGCGCCGUGCUCUGGCCGAGAGCUUUCUGGAUCAGCAAAGGUUUCAGCUCGGAUUCAUGGACGACGCGGCGGAAUGUUUCGAAAACAUUCUUCUGCGUAUACAUCUGCACAUCGCCAGCGGGGAAGCCGAGGAUAUGUGCAGCGCGAGACACUGUGUGCCACAUCAGAAAUUCGCCAUGACGCUCGUCGAGCAAAGCGUUUGCGGAGCUUGCGGUGCCACUUCGGAACCUCUGCCUUUUACACAGAUGGUUCAUUACGUGUCAGCAUCGGCAUUGACGUCGCAAGCGAGACAAACACCGCCAAACGCUCGUAACAGCCCGGAUCUCUUCGGUCAGCUUCUGCGGAAAGCUGGAGGCAUGGGUGACAUCAGGGACUGUCCGAGUUCCUGCGGUGCCAAAAUCCAAAUCUGUAGAACGCUGAUGAACAGACCGGAAAUCGUUUCGGUUGGAGUUGUAUGGGACAGCGAACGACCAUCGUUGGAGCAUAUCAUGGACGUUUUCGCAACCGUGGGAACGUCACUGCGGCUGAGCGAUGUUUUCCACAGUGUGGUGGACUCCCGAUGGGGUGCCUCGACGGUGCACAAUCUCGUUGGAGUCGUCACUUAUUACGGAAAACACUAUUCCACCUUCUUUUUCCACACUAAACUGAAGGUCUGGAUUUACUUCGACGAUGCCACUGUCAAGGAAAUCGGUCCUCGUUGGGAGCAAGUCGUGGAAAAGUGUAGAAGGGGGCGAUAUCAACCGUUGCUCUUACUAUACGCAACUCCUGGUGGAACUCCUGUUAACACGGAGAACGCCCCGAAGACAGUGACGCCUUUUCCAAACGGAAAUGGUCUGAAAACGCCACCGAAGAAUAAUGUUCGUCGAUCGAUUACCCCGAGUCCAGAGAAACCAUCGAUCAACAGCACUGCUAGACGUGCCAUUACGCCGAAUCCUGAUAGUCCUCCCCACCCCUACACGCAGCGGAGGAUUUAUAGCGAUUAUCAGAAUCUCACUGACAUUCAAAACAACAUCUUUGGCAAUCAAGGUGUGGACGUGGUGGACGGUGAGACAGAGUCGAAGUACAUCAGUCGUCGAGCGGUGGAGACCGUAAUGCAACAACAAAAGAAGCAACAGAUGCAAUUGACGCGUAGUCUGAGCGCAGGAUCGACGCCGCAGGACGGCAUCAGUAUUCCGGAUCACAUGAACGUGCCACGAAGAAGAGAUUCUGGUAACUGGUCGGGCGACCGGAACAGCGCCUCCUCGAGUUCCUCUACGACGAUGGACAAUCCGUAUUUGUACAUCGUGAACAAAAUGCAGAGGAACUCGGGGGUACCCAAGAGUCCGACCAGCAAGUCCGGAGAGCUCUCUAGCAGCAGCAGCGGCCAUUACGAUGCUGGAUACGAUUCCUAUUCUUUAUCUUCCACGGAUAGUCUUCCGCUUCAGCAGGGUCUGAAGCAUAACCUACAGCUCGCCCAGAUCCCGGAAGGCUAUCAAGCUGCCUCGGGAGACGAUUGCGAGCGUCUCUGCAAAGAAACCGACGCCCUCUUGGAUAAAUCCAGAGCUGCUGAAGACGCUGGUGACCUCAGCACUGCGGUAGCUUUGUGCAGUGCAGCCAGUAGCAAAGCUAGGGCUGCCAUGGACGCGCCAUACAACAAUCCUCAUACGAUCACGAUAGCGAGGAUGAAGCAUAAUACUUGCGUGAUGAGAACGAGGAGCUUGCACAGAAGGAUGCUGCAAGAACAAGCCACGGCCAAUGGCGAGAAGGAAGAAGGCGCGCCAGAAGGUAGGCAUUCGCGAGAGAACAGUAAAUCCGGUCAACACUCUCGUCAGAGUUCCAGAGACAAGGGUAGCCAUUCCAGGCAGAACAGUCGUGAACUUUUGGUGAACGCGCCAGCAAUGGUCGCGGACAAGCCCGCCUCGAAGAGCAUCGAGAUCUACGCCACGCUGCCGAAGAAGAAGACUCUACGGAGCAAAGCCACGGCCGUGAACGUGAUCGAAGACGAAGAGUACAUGCUGUACGAUCGACCGAUUCAGAGGACGGGUCUGUUCAGUCGUACGAAACGAUGCGACGACGACAAGAAGGACAAGAAACGCGCUCGAAGCGAAGAGAGGAACAAGAACGUCUCGAAGGAUUUCUCUAUAGCGCCGUCUCGAUCCUCGCCGUCCCCAAAGGGCUCGAAAGUCGAGAAGCCUAAGGAAAGCAACGACGCGGCGAACAACGCGCGAAACUCCCAGGCAAACGGUUCCAACGGCGAGCAGAAACAGGGGAAGAAGCAGCACAAAAUACGUAGGAAGUUGUUGAUGGGCGGGCUGAUAAAGAGGAAGAACAGAAGCAUGCCGGAUCUCCGGGAAGGGCAGGACAAUCAAACGAACGCAAGCGUCGAGGGAUCCUCCAACACCUUGCCAAAGCAGUCAGUGGACGAUUCCAGCGUUGGAUUGAAGGGCAACGAAGUGUGCCAGUCUCUAAGCGGUUACUUGUCAGAGGGACACUUGGAGUUUACCGGUAACAACAACGGUAAUCCUAGCAGUACGAGCAACCCGAACUUGGAGAGAAGUCGACUGAUGAGGAAAAGCUUCCACGGCAGCGCCGGCAAAGUGUUACACGUAGCGAAGGUACCUCCGCCCCCUCCGCUCAGGACCACUUCUCAGCUUAGCAAGUCUAAGUGUUCGGGUGAAGUGCACAACGAGCAGCAAUCCGAGAAAUCGGUGUACCCGUUGUCGGAAGGACAGUGCCCGUCGAAUCCGCCUCAAGAACAGAACGGAUCCUAUUGGAAUCACGUGAACACCGGAGGGAACUCGUCCAGCGGGACCAACAGGAGCGCCAAUUACACCGACUACUCCUCCGAGUCUCAUUCCCUUCCGUUUUUGCCCACUUACACUAUGGAACAGAGCCCUGCCAACGUCCCCGUAUCCUGCCAAUCGAAUUACAACAACAAACCACGGAUCCAAGACGACGUGGUACAGUACGCCAAUGGGAUCUUGUACGAGCCAACGUUCGUAGUGACUCGAGCGGACGUGCACAACGAGCAGAGUCCCGUGAAGCAACCCAAUCAAGGAGAUCUGUUGCCUCCUUACCCCGAAAACGGAAACGUCUCGCAUUCGAGGCAACCCAGCGAGGACUUCCCUCCCCCGCCGUAUCCCUCGAUUCAUUCGGUGUCCCAUUCGAGACAAGCCAGCGAGGACUUUCCACCCCCGCCGCCGCCCAUCGACGACACUUCGAGUCACGGUCAAGAGAACCAACAGCAGUAUCAGCAACAACAGUAUCAGCAGCAACAGUACCUUCAACAGCAAUACCAGCAGCAGCAAACGGCGGUUCUUAUGCAACAACGUCAACAACAGCUGGACAAUCAACAGAUCAGCACUCUGUUGACGCAGUUGCAGAUCAAGAGGGAUCAAAUUCUGGCUUCGAAGGCCAGGGAGGAUCGAAGGCCGGACGAGCAGGAGGAGGAGGAGAAGUCGGCCAGCGAGACCUGGCUUCGCGAGUUGCAGGCUAAGCAGGCGGAGAGGAGGAUGAAGAAACAGAGUCCUUUGGAUCAGGAUAUACCGAAGGUCAGGUGUUCGGGCCCAACGAUCUCGGGACCAACGGUCGCGAGGAGAACCAGCGAUCUGAUGAUGAACAGUUUGGGCCAGGCUUACGAACAAGCUGGUCGCGACGUCCCCGACUGUCCACGAGUCGUCUCGUCCGUGAAGGACAUGGCGGCCAGAUUCGAGCAAAUAAAAUUGCAACCUGUCGCGAAAACGGAGCCCGAGCAGAAGCUUCCGACGAAGCAAAACGCGAACUGUAUCUCGUCCUCUCCGCUGUUGGACAUGCCUCAAGACGUCCAGCAGACGGAGGAGUCGAGACCGUUGAAGCUUUCGUCGGAGAACGUGGCUGCCUUCACCAAACCCGAAACUCCGUCGGGCCAGUCGAUCUUGAACUCGAGUUUCGAGUCGAGUUCGAGCCAAAACACCUUCGUCCCGACAGCGACGCCCAACAAUCCCGCCAAUGCACAGCAGAGCGGACUGAACGCCGCCAUUAUGUCCAUGUCGUUGACUCUGCCGCACGAAAACGGACUCCCGAUCGACUAUCCCGAGGACGACAUCAGCGAAGUCGCUAUGCAGAACACCAUUCAGAACACGACGAUCUUGCCCAACGAGGAGGACAUCGCGCCGAGGAAGGUGAAACGACGAAUCGGAAAAAAGAAGAGCGUGUCGUUUUGCGAUCAGGUGGUUCUCGUGGCCACCGCGGAGGACGACGAGAAGGACUCUUACAUACCCAACCCCAUUCUCGAGAGGGUGUUACGCUCGGCGAUGAACAAGCCAGAGACCGCUCAAGUUCUACGGGAGAUCAGAAGCCUGCAAGAGGCGGAACUGAACCGUGAGAAUUGCACCGCCAUCAAGUUCCAGCAGCAGACACUUCCGCUAAAGAGCGAAGCCGACAGCGUUCCAGCGACACCUUACCAAGAUCAGCUGAGAAGCGUGAAUCCAAUACCCAUUCCCGAUACGAUCAAGCCCACCUUUGGAAGACAGAAUUCGAACGAGUCGGUGGGAUCGUUGUCGGAGAAGAAACACUGCGGUCCGUACGUCAACGAAGGCCAGGACGUGGUCAGAGAAACGUAUUCGGGGAUCUCGAACGUUUCCAAGCCGCCUACUUCGUACUCGCCUCAGUUGCAGCAACAGAUCAGGUACUCCCGAAACAUGCCGUACUUGCAAUCGCAGUCCGCGUAUCCCCAGACCCAGACGUCUCAUCCGAGGAACCAGGGUAUUCCGAUCUCGCAGACGCAGAAGCCAGCCAGCCCGUAUCCCACCCAGAUGCACGGUCAGUACGUUCAAAACAACGUGCAGCAACAGAAGCCAGCGUGCCAGAAGAACUCCUAUCAAACGUACUAUCAGUUGGAGCAACAGCACAAUCAGAUGAACAAGCAAAUGUCGCAGCAACAGCAGCAGAACAUGAACCAGAGGAUCACGAAUCACAACGCGAGCCCCAUAACGGUGCAACACUCUCAGCAACAGUUCGCCUAUCCGACGACCCAAUCGCCGAGCCCUUAUCAGAAUCAGUACACUCACAGUUCCUAUCAGGGUUAUCCCUAUCAGUCCGUUCCUCAGCAAAACAGAAUGAGUCAACCGUUGCCCCAGUAUCAACCGCCGCCCAAUCCGCCGGCCUCCUAUCAGCAACAGCAGCAGGGUGUUCAGAAUUAUCAACAGAGGCACGACAAUUACCAGAGACCGCCCCAGAAAGCCGAUCAGCAGAACAUUUUGGCGCCCAAUCAGACGUAUCCGAACCCGUUGCAGAACGGUCAGAUACAAUCAAACAUGAAAUACCCGACCUAUCAGCAUCCGCCUGUGUCGAAGCAGAACAAACAGAUGCACUUUGUGUCCGCCGCGAAGGGGAACGCGACGGUUCCUCAGAACGCGACCCUGCAGAAACCAGCUGUCGGAGGCGCGGCCAGAACGGCACCCUGCCAUCUUUGCCGGAAGAAGCAAGUGACGGAGCCUGCGAUUUACUGCUCGGAUUGCGACUUUUACAUGUCCAGAUUCCGGCCAAAGAACUGAAAUCGUUUGUAACGACGAACGAAAGUGCGUGGUUGGCGAAAGGAAUACAGUGAGGUAUGCUUGGUGGAAUAAAUAUAACAUUUACUGCAGGAGUGAGUCGAAAGACGUUAUGGACAGCAAGCAGGACAUGCAAUAGCCAAUAGGCCGCUACGAUAUAGAGGAGAACUUAUUAACAGAAGUCUCGAAGCUGACUUUGAGAGAAUAGCCUGGUCUAGAACUUAGAAAAUAUUGAUCUUCCUUCAAAUUUUAGGCGUAGAAUAUAUACACUAACGGAAUAUCAAAGUGGAAGAGUUAGUAGAACUUAUGAAUGUUUGAAUAUAUGAACGCAGUCAUGAUUAAGCUUUGUGUGUG